AUGUUGAUGCCACAGAAGAAUAGGAAGGCAAUAUAUGAGUACCUUUUUAAAGAAGGUGUUUGUGUCGCAAAGAAAGAUUUUAACCAGAAGACUCAUCCCGAUAUUCAAGGGGUUACAAAUUUGGAAGUUAUUAAAGCAUGCAAGAGUUUGGCUUCCCGAGAUUUUGUAAAAGAACGCUUUGCUUGGAGGCAUCAUUAUUGGUAUUUGACAAAUGAGGGAGUUAACUAUCUCCGAGAAUAUUUGCACCUUCCGGCAGAAAUCGUGCCAGCUACUGUUAAAGCUAAGCCAAGGGAACCACGACCUGCCUUCGGUGGCGACCGCAUGCCUCGCGGCCCCCGUAUGGAUGCAGAAAAAGAUGCUUAUAGGGCGGAAAAGACGACGGAAGCUGGUCCAGGUGCCGCAGCUGUUACUGGUUACCGAGGAGGAUUUGGAAGAGGUGCUGCAAUGUGA